AUGAAAAUAGCUGUGGAGCAGAAUCAAAUGCAGCCUGCAGUUUUGCCGGUACUUAUGGAAGCACCGGACAAAGACGAAAAAAGAUUGAAAUUUGGUCCAUAUAUUUCAGUGCAGGUUGCCGGAUCGGACUCCGCAACAUGUGCAUUAGUGAACAUCGCAUUGUGGACGGAAAGUACUGAGUGUCGGUAUGUGCGGCUAACCGUCAUCCAGGCUGCUGACUUGUUGAAACGGUUGCAGAAGAAGCAAAACAGAAGCACUGGCUUAUCGAGAACGAUUCAUUAA